AUGGCGACCGCUCCAGCCUCUCAAAGUUCGGCCUCAACAUCCACAAGCGAUCUCUCCAAGCCACCAUUACCGAUCAGCGAGGAUGAAAAGCAAAAGGAAGAGGUCGACGUCACCAUCCGGCACAACUCCAAUUCCCCUGAAUCGAUUGCAAUUGAAAAGGCUGUCAUUGAGAAAGAUGUUGAUGGCGAGAAUCUGGGCCGCGAAAUCUCUCGUAUCGACACAUCUGACUAUCCUUCAGCUUUCCCUCUAGCUAUGAUAGUCGUGGCACUGGCUUGCAGUAUUUUCCUCGUGGCGUUGGACAUGACCAUCGUGGCCACAGCCAUCCCUCGAAUCACCGAUCAGUUCCACUCUCUUGAUCAAGUGGGCUGGUACGGGAGCGGAUUCUUCCUGACCAUCGGCUCCUUCCAAGCAACAUGGGGAAAAUUGUAUAAAUAUUUCCCUCUCAAGAUCUCGUAUCUGACAAGCAUCUUCAUCUUCGAACUGGGAUCCCUCAUCUGCGCUGUCGCCAACAAUUCCACCACGUUGAUCGUUGGAAGAGCGAUUGCCGGCAUGGGCGGAGCAGGCAUCGCGUCAGGAUCGUACACCAUCAUUGCCUUCUCCGCUCCACCCAAACGACGCCCUGCCUUCACCGGCGUCAUGGGUGCUACAUUUGGCGUUGCAUCUGUCAUCGGCCCCCUCUUGGGAGGCGUCUUCACAGACAAUCUCACCUGGAGAUGGUGCUUCUAUAUUAACCUUCCGAUUGGCGGCGUUGCUUCGGCCAUUAUUUUUGCCUUCUUCCGCACUCCCAAAGCGGCUCGUCCUCAAGCCGCUCCUUUGAAAGAGAAGCUCCUACAGAUGGAUUUCCCGGGGACAUUUACCCUCAUGGCUGCCAUUGUCUGCUACCUGUUAGCAAUGCAGUGGGGUGGGGCGACCAAACCCUGGUCAUCUGGCUCCGUCGUUGCCGUCCUGGUCCUCUUUGGCGUCCUCAUUAUCGCGUUUGUCAUCAUCGAGUACUUCUCGGGCGACCGCGCCUUGCUACAACCCCGUCUCCUCAAACAGAGAACAAUUGCAGCUAUGUCUGCCUAUAUCUUUACCGUGGCAGGCGCUUUCUUCAUCCUCUUGUAUUACCUGCCCAUCUACUUUCAAGCGACCCGCAACGUCUCCGCCGCUAAGUCUGGCAUCGACAACCUCCCGCUUGUCCUUGGCGCCUCGCUUCUAACGGUGUUCUCUGGCGGCCUUCUGACGGUAUGGGGCCAAUACAUUCCUCUCAUGGCAUUCGGAUCAAUCCUCGCCUCGAUCGGCUCAGGACUAAUCUACACCUUGGAAAUUCACUCUGGGGCAGACAAAUGGAUCGGAUAUCAAGCCCUCGUGGGCAUCGGGCUGGGGCUGAUCUUCCAGAUCCCGGUGAUCGUGGGCCAAGCGAUCGUCAAGCCCUCGGACCUCAGCUCCGUUUCGGCCAUCAUUCUUUUCUUCCAGACCAUCGGCGGCGCGGUCUUCAUCUCCGCCGCACAAGCCGGGUUCACGAACAAGAUGCUUCACGAACUGCCCAUCAAGGCGCCAAACGUGGACGCAAGCCUGGUGCUCGCGACCGGCGCGACAGACCUGAGGAGAGUGUUUGACGCGAGCGACAUCCCGGGCAUCCUGUCCGCGUACAUGGACGGCCUAAGAGUGCCGUUUGCGAUCUGCAUCGCGUGUGCGUGCGUUACAUUUGUGCUGAGUUUCACGCCGCGGUGGGAGAGUAUCAAGGGGAAGGUGAGGAUGGAUGGGCCUGGUGCGUAA